CGUCGCGAUCGCUUUUCGGCCUCCUUUCGCCACCCCCUUUUUACACUACGUCCUCGCAGGACUAAAACAUUCGCCGGUUGAAAAAGCAAAAAUUGAAAAAUUUUAAAAAUAAGAAAAACAAUUUUAGUAUUGGUAAUGUUUAAUAUUGCGAUCAGUUUUAGUUAUGAAUCCUUGGCGUUAUUCUGGUGAUGUAUAGUGUGCAUCGUUGUGCAUCGUGAGUGACUUAUUGUGAGCCGCUGAAACUGAUUAAUUAACUUGUUUUGAACGCUGCGCUGAGCUUGAAUGUUUUUGGAAUGCUUCGUCCUUGUGCAUCCUGGCAGGAGUGUAUAAUGUGUGUUGUUAGUGCUUUCGGAUAAUUCACGCCCGUCCGAGCUUCCGACGGUCUUGAUGAUUGCUCAGUGAACAUCGAUUAAAGACGUUUCUCAUUAAAUACGAUUACUCCGCCACGCAGCAGAUGAAGAUGACAUCUUCCUACCGUCGCGCUUAAACAAAACCAACCAACCGACGAAUUUUCCGCUUGUCCGCGCGUCUUACCCCAACUUACAACCCCCAACUUUGACUCGGUGGUGAAAAGUGCGAAACGUCAGCGGCACCCGAAACAAAAAAUCUUUUAUUCUGUACAAAAGUCAAAAAACGUCAAAGAAGGGGGUGAGACAGAAAGAUAGGGGCGAAAAAGGAAAUUAAUUAGAACUGAACAGUGAGCAGUGAACGAAACGCAGGACGAGCAGGACGAGGACUUCAAUUAGCGACACGACACAGAACGGACCAAUUACAGCAAACCGGAAAUCACAUCACAAACCGGAAAUAAAUAAAAGAAUUUUAUUAAAUGGUCACUCUCCACCGCGCGCCCAGCCGCCAGCGAUUAUUAAUUAUGCGCCUCGUCAACUCGCCCAGCGUCGCGUUAAUUAACGCGCCAUUUGUUUAGAGACACCUCCCCCGCACAACACACACCCCCACCCACGCACUCAUCAUGGAGAAGGAGGCGGGGCGCUACUGCUACGACCCCUAUCCGUCAAACUCCAAAGCGUCGCCGGCGAGUAAAAAAUCCACAUGCUGCGGAUGUUUCGGCAAAAAGUCACGCAACUUCUUCACGUGUCUCAUCACCAACCUGGGAAUAUGCUUCUUGUUGUUCGGAUACACCCUCAUAGGUAGUUUUAUAUUUCUGGCGAUAGAGGGCGGUGCUCCACAAGAUAGUCAAAUAUUAGCGACGACUUCAUUGGCGACGACGAAUAAAAGAGCGUUGAAUGUGACUGAUUUAAAGACGAAGACAGAUGCUGUCAGGGCGAAGACUGUGGAGAAUAUUUGGGAUAUUACGGUGAGCUUGAACAUCCUGUAUAGGGAUAACUGGACGCGGCUGGCAGCGCAGGAGAUCACUAGGUUUCAGGAUGAAAUCCUGAGGUCGAUUACGGAGGAAGCUGGGAAGAUUGACUUUGGAACGAGCACGGUUGCAGCUGCGGCUGCUGCAGCCGGUGGGGUGGAGGAUGAUCCUGCUAGGAAAGGGGUGGUUACUACGGAGAACUUUGAGUGGACGUUUGCCAAAAGCUUCUUGUAUUCUUUGACUGUACUCACAACAAUCGGUUAUGGCAGCAUCGCUCCAAAAACAACCCUCGGCAAAGCAGUAACAAUGGGCUACGCAAUCUUCGGCAUCCCUUUAACCCUCCUCUACCUCUCCUCAGUCGGGUCCAUCCUCUCCCGCAUCGCUCGCGGGGUGUUUUCUCGCGCCCUUUGCUGCUGCCUCUGCUCAAACUGCGGCUACUGCUGCUACGACGAGAAACGCAGCCGAAAAGAACGCCGCAUGAAGAAAAAACGUCAGCAAAUGGAAAUGCAACAACAACUCGCCCUUCAGGAACCAUUCUAUGUGCGCUCCAACAGCGGCUUCAGCACCACUUCCACUGCGAACAAUCUGCACAGUCCGCUGAAAGAUAUCGAUUCGAUUAGUGGCACAGACAACGAAUCCAAGGCGUCCAUUCAUGGCCUCGCGAUUUUGGCGCCGAUCACGCUUUGUCUUGCGAUCAUGUUUAUCUACAUCUGCAUUGGGACGUUCGUGUUAUUCAAGCUGGAGAACUGGGCGCUGCUGGACGGGUUUUACUUUUGCUUCAUGAGUUUGACGACGAUUGGAUUCGGGAAUAUGUUGCCUGGAGGUGAACAGCUUGGCCAGCAUGAGAAUAGUACUACUAUUUGGUUUUGCUCACUGUACAUCAUGUCUGGGAUGGCGUUGACUGCGAUGUGUUUUAAUGUCGUUCACGAUGAAAUUGUUCACAGGUUACGUCAUGAAGAGAAACGCCUCCGGAAAGUGGUCACUUUGACAAGUUUCCCUGAUGAUAUUAACUCCACCCACACGCCGACAAUCGCCGCCAAUGACCCCUUCGGCCCCUCAUGACAAUUCGGCAAUGCCACGCUGACGAAAACUCCUCUCUACGCCCGAGGAACGAAUCUCACCGAAGAAACGCUCGUCCUAAGCACGCCUACCACCAUGGAGAUGCCACCGCCCCCACACGAGCUCCUCCCCAUCCCCGUGGUGCCAAUAACCGUCAACCUAGGCAUGGGCGUCAACAAAAUGCCGGAAGUCCUCGAAGGACCAGUCCUCACCGGCGUCUACACUCUUCCCGAAGAACCCGAAAACGAAGAAAACAGCGAGAUGUAAAACGUACACUCUUUCUAAACAUUAACCUAACUUUUAACGGAAGUAAUCAUAACCUAACUUUAAUCAGGACCCGCUCAAUAAGUAAAAAUGAGUACACAGAAGUAUUGCGUAAUGAAUAAUUAAUAGUCAAGUAAUUAUGAUAGGUUAAUGUUAUCGCAGAGGGCGGAGUUUAAGCCGUACACAGUCCUGUACCUGUAAAUAUUGUACAUUACCUCAAUUUAUUAACCUAACUUAUAUCUAAACAUUAAACUAUGAAGUAACUAAAUGUAAUUUAAGAAUAACACGAACUUUAUCUCUAAAACAACUUCAAAAACUACUCACAUUCGAUUUUUUAGAUCUAUUUAUUCAAUCCUAACCUUACAUUAGGACAACAUGUUUGUGGUUAUGUUUUGAGGUUAAGUACAGCGUGUUGACAACGGAAAAGAAUGCAAACUGAUGGGAAUCAGUGUGUUGUUUACCGUUUUUGGUUACUUCUAACUUUAAAAUACCUAAAAUUGUAAUAAUAAUUGUAAUAAUAAACAAAAGGAGGGAUGCAAUCGCGUUUUAGGUGAUUGUUUUCGUAAGUCUUACAUAUCUAUCGAUUUCGAUCAUUUUUAACCCUCCAUCUUUGAUGAUCUCUUGAGAACUUUAAUCAAAUAUGUAUUAAGUAUUAAAUACUACCACGAAAGUAACAAUUUGUUGUUUCUGUUGAUUGUUAGAAGAUUAUUUGUUUGGAUAAUAUAAUUAUUGUUAGAUAUCAGGUAUCACGGUAUCAGAUGAGAAGUAAAUGUGUAAUUAUUGAUACAUAACGAAUUAUAAUGCAUUAUGAUGAGAAUUUU